ACUAAAACUAAUAUUUUACAACUGAACGUAUCAUUGUUAUAAACUAAAUAAAACAUUAAAGAGAUUAUGGUUCUAAUUAUCUAUCUUCUCUAUGGAUAGAUAAACAUUAACCCCAAUAUGUACCUACAUAUUAUGUUAUUGCUAAUUAAUUUAACCCAUGUCAAAAAAUUCACUCACACUAUAAAAGUUUUUAUUUUAAAAGUAAAGUGGCGCCCUCACUUAUUUUCUAUUAUUUAAUGACGCACUGUAUGUUUUCACUGCUGAGGUGAAAAGUCUUGUGUUCUUGUGUACCCAAGUUAUAUCUCCGGUGUGCUUUUGAGUCCUUACUACGCUCAAGAUUCUAAAUUAUAUUCUAAACUUUUACCUCAAUCUUUCGCUUGCACGGGACUAAAAAUAAUACGUGUACCUAAACAAGGAUACUACUUGACUUAAAUAGGUAGAGACAAGAGCAAAAAAAGGCUGAUCUUUUAAUGAAUCUACUCGCUUAUUAGUCUCAUGUGGUUCUGGCCGUAGGUAGGUACUAAGUAGAUCUUCAGUAUCUAGUAGGUAUUGCAUCCUCUGUAGCUCUUAUUUAUAAGUAUUAUUGAUUUAAUCACUUAUUACUUAUAUAGCCUCUCUGGACUAGACCAGCUAGCGUGCCGUGGUCAAUCUUCUGUUAUUUAUCAAUUAUUCAUUCCGUUUUACAUAAAAUAUUCAUUUCCAACAAGCGCCUGUGUUUUAUUUGACGUAAUCCUACAUAACUCUCAGAUAACGGUAGUUUUCAGUUAACGUUACAAUGAAUAAAACCUUGAUGUACCUAAUUGUUAAUUCGACACAGUUGCAAGCGUAAGUCGCAGCACUCGCAGCUAGUUGCAAGACGUAAAUCAACAAUUUAUUAUCCAUUACAGUACGGUACGCAUCCGCUGUAGAAUCGCAGCAUCACAGAUCACAGGAAGUGUUUCUAGAUCGAACUGACAGACAUUCUUUAGAAAACCGUUAGCCGGUGUAUGAUAUAAAGUUUGUUAGCGAAAAAUUGGAGGCUCGUAAUUUGUAGCGUUGUUGUUUUGAAUUGCGAUUCAGUCAGCUGUCGGCAUAUGAGACCGCAGCACGCGCGUCGCUCGCGCAGCGUCGGACACUCGUUUUCGCGCGAAACGAAACCGCGCUUUAUUUCAAAAUCGGAAUUACGAGUAACUGAGGGUUUCUGGAAGUGUUUUACGUGAUCUGUGUUUUACAAGUGAAAAUAACAGUGUUUGUAAAGUUUUGAAGAUAAUAAUCUGCUUAGAUUGUGUUCGUGUAUUGUGCGAGUGCCCGAUCCGUCAAUUUAACGGCUAAUGAUGAUCGGAUUAAUCGGACAGUCGAUUUAUUAAUUACGUACACACGCAGUGUGAGUGGUUUGUGUUGUGAACUAAAAUAGGAGGCGUGUUCAAAUUCGGAUGACUAAGCAGAGACAAGGAGAGGAUAAAGGCAAAACCACACAUGUCCGCCAAAAAUGAUUCCGAUGAUAGUCCGAGUGUGGUGCGAGAGCGGCGCCGGCUGGGCGCCGACAGCCGUCCCUGUCACUCCGCAAACUACGUGCCGUGAUGUGCUAGAGUGCUGCCGCGAGCCGGGCGACGAGCCGUGCCUGCUGCUCAGCGUGCACCCGGCGCACGGAGUGCACGUGUUACGAGAUACGGAGCUGCCCCUGGAGGUGGCCUCGGCCCUGGGACCUGAGGUUCAGUUCGUGCUGAAGUACAUCGAUACAGAGACGGGGAGCACGGAUAAGAGCAAUGGUAUGAAGGAACCGGGAUCACCUGAGGAAUUGGUACGUUUAUGGUUGCCACAAUCGUUUACUUUCCGCUCCAGUAUGACAUGAAAUGGGUAAGAUGUUAAAUGAAAUGGGUAUCAAUAAAAAAAUAAAAAAA